CGGGGGGACAGGCAUCGGGCCCCCAGGAGGGGCGACAGGCAUCGGGCCCCCAGGCGGGGCGACAGGUCUCGGGCCCUCAGGCGGAGCGGCGGGCGCCGGACCCCCAGAUGGAGUGACAGGUCUCGGGCCCCCAGGCCCCUCGGCCCUCAGCGGCGGCGGGCGCCGGACCCCCAGAUGGAGCGACAGGUCUCGGGCCCCAGGCGGAGCGGCGGGCGCCGGACCCCCAAGUGGAGCGCAGGUCUUGGGCCCCCGGAGGGCGGGCGCCGCCCCCAGGUGGAGCGACAGGUCUUGGGCCCCCAGACGAAGCGGCGGGCACCGAGUCACCAGGCACGACAGUGGGCACCGAGUCGUCUGGCAAGACUGCGGGCACCGAGUCGUCUGGCAAGACUGCGGGCACCGAGUCGUCUGGCAAGACUGCGGGCACCGAGUCGUCUGGCAAGACUGCGGGCACCGAGUCGUCUGGCAAGACAGGCAAGACAGUGGGCUCCGAGUCAACAGGCACGACAGUGGGCACCGGGUCAUCAGGUAUCGGAUUGUCUGGCUCGACAGCGGGCAUCGGGUCACCAGGCAUCAGGUCAUUUGGCUUGUCAGCGGGCACCGCGUCAUCUGGCAAGGCAGUGGGCACCGGGUCACCAGGUA